GGAUUGAGUUUACUCCUAACUUCCGGUUUGUUGUAAUCAUCGAAAUUGACGUGGCAGGAGACGUUUUAUUCCGUUUUCUCGAUAAUUAUCCAGUAUAUUUAAGUAUUCAUUGCAUUUAUUUAAAGACCAGAAAGGAACAUACAAGUUAAUACCCGGAAUCAUGGGGUUGACGAUUUCUUCAGUGUUUAACCGGCUCUUCGGGAAAAAAGCAAUGAGAAUUUUGAUGGUUGGCCUUGAUGCGGCAGGAAAGACCACCAUACUCUACAAGUUAAAGCUUGGAGAAAUUGUUACAACCAUUCCAACUAUAGGUUUUAACGUUGAGACCGUAGAUUACAAGAACAUCAGCUUCACCGUGUGGGAUGUUGGCGGUCAGGACAAGAUCCGUCCGUUGUGGAGACACUACUUCCAGAACACACAGGGACUCAUCUUUGUCGUCGACAGCAACGAUGCCGAGAGAGUCGAUGAGGCAAAAGACGAACUCUCCAAAAUGUUAAGUGAAGACGAGCUGCGGGAUGCUGCCCUGCUGGUGUUUGCCAACAAACAAGACCUGCCCAACGCCAUGCCAACAUCAACACUCGUAGAUAGACUUGGACUCAACAGCAUGAGAAACAAAACAUGGCACAUCCAGGCGACAUGCGCGACGCAGGGCAAUGGUUUGUACGAAGGCCUGGACUGGUUGUCUGAGGAAUUGGGGAAGAGAUGAUCAGACUGGUUCACAAAUCCGUCAUCGUGGGACCUACACUGGGAUGUGCAGUCACUGAUAGUUUACAGACUUGGUUUACAUUCAAAUCAAUUUCAUUACAUAGACUUUACAGGAGUCCUGUGUUCUUAAAAGGAAUAUCCUUAUUUGAUUUGUCAUCCAUUAUGAUUUUAGGCUUUAUCAAAAAUUGUGACAGUCAGUGACUAUUCAAUAUUUUCGUUAAUCUUGUUUUUAAAAUGUAUGCUUUGUGCUUGUAUUGAUUUUAUUCCAUUGUGAAAAUUAAGACUGUAAACUACCAGAAUUUUAACGGUCAAAUUAGCAUAUUUGACUUAGUAUUUUUUUGUAUAAAAAAUUGUUUAUUUAUUAUUGUUUCAAAGCAUGAGGAAAAAUAAGCUUUAUCUUAAGUAACAAUAAGUGUAUUUUAAGGAAAGGUAUUUCUGGAAAAAGGAUAAAAAAAAACAAGUAAACUUCACGACAUAUUCACACAGGUUUUUCUGAAGACAUGUGUUCAUGUUUGGCACCAGUCAUAUUGCAAUGUAUGAAUAUUGAGUGUGCAGAGUUUUUCAAACAUGUCCACAUUGUAUAAGGAUAUGUCAAUAGUGGUUAAUGAAUUAAAAAACAAUGGGAUUAUUAUAUAAAGAUAGCCAUUUUCAAAUGCUAUUUUGAUAGACAUAUUAGCUCAUUUUAGACAUUUGGUCCUUUGAAGUAAAAAAACAAACUCAUUGCAUUCUGUAUUUUGUCUUCAAUAUGAAGACAAACCUUUUUUAUGAAUUGAGCUGAAUUGUUGCCAGUACAUAGCACUGUUCUGUAUGAUGAACAGGAAAUAAGAUUGCCUGCUUGAACAGUAUGAGAAUUUAAUUGUGUUUAAAAUUCUUAAUAUUUGAGAAGAAAUAUGUGUAUAUUUGUAUUAUAUUUGAUAUUGUGUAUAACGCAGUCAACUGCUGCUUGGUGAUACUGUAUGCUUGUGAUAUUGUGGAUGACAAGUAAUUCAAUAAAGUCUGGAAAAUCA